GCCAAUCCAAUACUAUUCUCGCGCACUAUACAGUGGCCCACUGGAAGGCCUAGAUCUAAAAAUAGUGGUCUCUGCACAAUGGCAUACACAAACAUCAUCAAUGACUACAUUGCUGGAGCUUUAGGAGGUUGUGCUGGUAUUACUGUAGGUCAUCCAUUGGACACCAUAAAGGUUCAAAUACAGACCCAGGAAUAUGGAGGAAAGUACAAGAAUUUAUUGGACUGUAUAAAAACUGUGCAGAGCCAAAGUUUGGCUAAAGGAUAUUUCCGUGGACUCAGUUGGCCCCUCUUUUCUUAUGGAUAUCUCAAUGCGAUUUUCUUUGGAUCUUAUGGGAUUUUACUCCAGAAAUUUGGACACUCAGAAGAGACAAAGAGCAAGCCAAGAUAUUUAACCAUUGGCCUUGCUGCAGCGCUGGCCACAGUGCCGCAGCUCAUUUUCUCCUGCCCUGUGGAAGUGGUCAAGGUGAUGCUCCAGUCGCAGAUACCACACACACAUGAUGUUCCCAAGGUGCAGUUGAGCAAGUAUUUUAAUGGACCACUUGAAGCAGCGCGGGCUAUCCUCAAAAGGUCUGGUAUCCAGGGUUUUUAUCGAGGCUUCUCAACCCAGUUUGUCAGGGACACCCCUGCAGCCACCAUGUACAUGACAGCCUACACGUUCUUCCAGUUUGAGAGCCUGCAUCGCAUCCCAAGUGUCCCAACUCAGCUGGUCAACUUCAUCGGGGGAGGUGUUGCCGGGGUCCUCAGCUGGCUUAUCAUCAUGCCAUUUGAUGUGGUCAAGAGCAAACUGCAGGCAGAUGCACAGGGGCUGAUGUACAGGGGAUUCUGGGAUUGUGCCCAGCAAGUGUAUGCUAGAGAUGGGGUUAAAGCAUUUUUCCUUGGCCUAGUCCCCAUGGCUGCUAGGGCCUUUCCAGUAAAUGCUGUGACAUUAAUGGUUUACUCAGAAAGUUUAAAGUAUUUAAAAAAGAUUGAACAUAUAGAAGAUUAAGUAUAAUGCAUUCAAAUAGUAGCUGUGAUCUUAAGGUUAAAAUGUUGCCUUAAAAUGUCAUUCUAUUUUUACAGAAAAAAUGGCCCAAAGUAAUAAUAGUUUUGUGAUAAAUGUAUUCCUAACUUUAUAAUCUUACCUUACAAAAAUGGCUUUUUAAAAUGUAUACAAGUAAUGUUUUUUCUUUAACAUUUUACUAACAGUUAUUUCUAUAUUUACAUGUACAAAUAUUGUAUCAGUAAUUAUUUUUUCUAUUAUG